GUUUAAGUACCAUUGGGAAGGGGCCUUCUUAGAUGGCACGCGAGCAGCAUUCCCGAUGCAUUGUACGUAAUUGAACAGCUGGUGCUGGGUAACAGGAUGUUUGGCGCAGCCAUUGCAAACUGGGAAUCUGGUCCACUCGUCUCGCAACAAGGUGUAUGCGACGUGCGUGUUGGAACCUGACUGUGUUCAUUGCACAACUCAGCAAUUGGGGCUAAGUUGGACUAUGUGCUUGUUUAGCUGACUUCACUGCACAAAUCCGUGUCAAGAAGCAAAAGGUCCAUCGCAGGACAAUGUUUGGAGUCUUUGGGCAGGCGGGAUGGGUGCGUGGUGCUAAGCCCCCUUUGGCUGGGGCCAAGCUGGCUCGAGUGGACGAAGAGGAAGAGGAGGCAGUGCUGCAGAGGCUGUCAGCACUUAGGGAGUCUUUACCCCACCGGCACCGCGCCGGUGUGGCGGAGAAGGUGCUAGGGCCAGGGACGGGCAUUGCGUACAUCCAGGGGCCCAACGUCAAGUGCGCAUCCAGGGGCGGAGUCACGGUGCUUUUCUGUGGGCAGCUGGAGCCCCCCAAGAAGGGGGAGCACGUUCCGGCCUGGGGGCAGGACCCGCUCGAGUGCGCCUCCAGCUGGCAGACUGAGGCAGAGCUGGCAGCAAGGGGGAGGGCAGCUGUGUGGGAUGACGCCAAGCGCGUUCUGGACGUGUACAAGAGGGCUCACUGGGGGGGUUUGCAGGGACCGGACCUGUGGGAGGGCAAGGGUGGCUAUGCGUGCCCCGCCAAGCACCACGGCGCUGGCCCACGUGCGGCGGCCCGGCUGCUGGGGGGGCUACGCGGCCGCUUUGCGUUCUUAGUGUGGGACAGCGUGCACUGCCGCCUCGUAGCUGCGCGCGACCACCAGGCGCAGGAGGCCAUCUUUUGGGGGGCGCCCACCUUCGGGGAGGGGCUGCUCUUUUCCACAGACAGGGCGCUGGUGGAAGAGGAGGCGGCUGACGCGGACCAGUUCCCUCCGGGCACCUUCUUCUGCCUCACCCCGGACGAUGGCACCGACGGCACCGGCAUCAUGAGCAGCUUCGAGCUGGCCAGUCCCGGACCGGACGACGGCCGUGCCGGCAGCAGCGAGGAAGGCGAGUGUGGGACGGACGACCUGGACGACACGAGCGGGGCGGCAUCGGGCGAGGGCGACGACAACCUGGAGUGGGAAUCGGGCGGUGCGCCUAUGACCCUGCGCAAAAGACGGGGCUCCGCCCUCAAAGAGACCAGGCUGGGGGCACUGCGGCGCACCGCCGCGGAUGCCAUGUCGGACGAAGAGUCGUCCUCUGAAGAGGACCGCGCCAGCACGUGCGGCCUGCCUCCCCCGCCCAUUGCCCCCCGCUCCGGGAGCACCCUCCGGCCCGCAGCGCCGCCAUCAGCGACGCCCAAGGAGGCGGCUCCAGCAGCCGCUGGGAAGCCCCCUCGAAACCCCAAGACUGAGGCCCCCGCUCUGCGCGUAGUACUGAAGCGGCAGGAGAAGCCGGCCCCGCCCGUAUUUCCCCGCACGGCGGUGCGGCGCGUGGUGACGUCCGUGAUGAAACGGGUGGCGAGCACAGAGGGCAUGUGCCGCGCCAGCAGCGGGGAGAACCUGGCGGCGCUGGCGGGGGCGCAGGUCACAGCGAAGUGACAGGCACGGCGGAGGGGGAGGAUCCAGCAUGCCUCGUGAGGCAAGGGCAAAGUUUGGGCAUGUUUUGUUUAAUAUCAACAAGAAGUGGACGGAAGAGGCGGAAGUGGCGCAGAUGGAGGUAUAGAAGCUGGCCCAGGAGGUGGGGGGUUAGACAGCAGUCGUGUAGCGGUCUUGGUGUCCUGAGGUGUGUGUGUGUGUACACAGCAGGUGUGUAUCAUGGGGCUCGCCAUCUUGUUGCGCUGCAGCAAACAAUCUCGUGGAGGAGCGGCCACCACUGGCUCUAGAAAGGUGGGGCGAAGCAUGCGCAGCGGCCAGCGAGCCCCCUUACGUUACUUGUCAAUGUAGCAUAGUGCCGGUGUGUGAAUAGACAGAAUCUGGGAACUAGGACGAGGUGCAGAGCUGCUGGCCCUCGUUGUGUAUAGUAAUUUGAGUGUGCUUGUGGCCCUUACAUGGUAUUCGGCCGAUCUUCAUUGAGAGCAGAGC